UGACGACACACGCACCAGCGGCUCCAUCAGAGACGCCCAUGUGGACGGCGGUUUCCAGAUCCUCCUGCCCUGGACAGUAAUUAAUAGCUCGCAAAGGGAAAAGGAUUCAGAAUUGUACUUGCUGACUGAUGUUCAAUUUGCAAACGGUUUAGCCAUGCCCCAGAAGAAGUGACUCAUAACUGCUAGAGCGCUGGGCAGUGUGUCGGGGGAGGACCACAGCGAUGAAGAGUUGAGGUCCAGUCUGCAGCUACUGCUUGUCCGAGACUAUCAGAAGAACAUGGAGAAGAUGGCGCGUGUGACCACGGCUCUGGGCAGCAACACCAUCAGUGGGUGCACCAUGUUCUGCCACCUGGAUGCCCCCGCGAACGCCAUCAGCGUGUGCCGCGACGCCGCGCAGGUGGUGGUGGCCGGCCGCAACAUCUUCAAGAUCUACGCCUUGGAAGAGGAGCAGUUUGUGGAGAAGCUAAACCUGCGCGUGGGCCGCAAGCCCUCCCUCAACUUCAGCUGUGCCGACGUCAUGUGGCACCAGAUGGACGAGAACUUGCUGGCCACGGCGGCCACCAACGGCGCGGUGGUCACGUGGAACCUGGGCAAACCGUCCCGCAACAAGCAGGACCAGCUGUUCACGGAGCACAAGCGGACUGUCAACAAGGUCUGCUUCCACCCCACCGAGGUGUACAUGCUGCUGAGCGGCUCGCAGGACGGCUACAUGAAGUGCUUCGACCUGCGCAAGAAGGAGUCGGCCAACACCUUUUCAGGGCAGUCCGAAAGUGUGAGGGACGUGCAGUUCAGCGUCCGGGAUUACUUCACUUUUGCUGCAUCCUUUGAGAACGGGAACGUGCAGCUGUGGGAUAUUCGGCGCCCUGAUCGAUAUGAGAGGAUGUUCACCGCGCACAACGGGCCAGUCUUCUGCUGUGACUGGCACCCUGACGACCGGUGCUGGCUGGCAACGGGGGGCCGUGACAAGAUGGUUAAAGUGUGGGACAUAACGACGAACCGCGCCAAGGAGAUCCACUGCGUGCAGACCAUCGCCUCGGUGGCGCGGGUGAAGUGGCGGCCGGAGCGCAAGUACCACCUGGCCACCUGCUCCAUGAUGGUGGACCACAACAUCUACGUGUGGGAUGUGCGCCGGCCCUUCAUCCCCUUCGCCACCUUCGAGGAGCAUAAGGACGUCACCACGGGCAUCGUGUGGCGCCACCUCCAUGACCCCGGCUUCCUGCUCUCGGGCUCAAAGGACAGUACCCUCUACCAGCACAAGUUCAAGGAUGCCAGCCGGCCCGUGGACAAGGCCAACCCAGAGGGGCUGUGCUUCGGGCUCUUCGGGGACUUGGCCUUCGCAGCCAAGGAGAGUCUGAUUAGCGCCGGUGGUGACUCCAACCGCAAACCGUACGGGGGCGGGGGCGACCGGCGCUACCCCAUCUUCUUCUUCAAGAAGCCCGACCUCACGGAGCAGUUCGCCCACGAGUCGAGUGCCCUCAGCGUCUUCGAGACUGACCUGGAGAGCAGCCGCAUGGACUGGUUCGUCAAGACCGCCCGCCGCUACCUGCUGAGCGGCAAGCCCUUCGGGGAGCUGUGCGACCACAACGCCAAGGUAGCCGAGGAGCUCAGCCGACCCCAGGUGUCGACAACCUGGACCAUGCUGAGGAUUAUGUAUUCAGAUCCAGGGAGCCUCACUACAGCCACAGGCAUUAGCAAAGGGGGAUCCAUACCUCUCAUGAACAGCUUCAAUAUGAAGGAGAUUGCAGCAGGCGGUCUGGGGAGCGAGGGCAGGCUGGAUCGGGUGAAAGGGGAGAUUCGGCAGGACAGCACCCACCUGGACCCAGGAAACUCCCUACUCAACAACAAUGACGAGAACGAGGAGACGGAGGGCAGCGAGGGUCCGGCGGAUUACCUCUUUGGAGACGCGGAGCUAGAGGACGAUGACCUGUACCCGAUGGAGCACGAGAAUGCGACGGCGGAGGAGGCAGAGUACAUCCUGCCCCAGGAGGCGUUCCCUCUGCGCCACGAGAUUGUGGACAACCCCUCCGUGCCAGAGCACCUGCAGGACAAGGUGGACUCGCCCCACGUGAGCGGCAACGAGGCGGAGACGGUGUGCCUGACCCCCAUCAAGUCCUUCUCCCUCAUCUCCAUCUCCCAGCCCCUGUACGAGAGCCACCUGCCAGCCAGCUUCUUCAGCCCCGUGGUGCGUGAGAUGCUGCAGCACUACGCCGAGGCCGGCGACGUGCAGAUGGCCGUGUCCGUGCUCAUCGUCCUGGGAGACCGCAUCCGCAAGGAGGUGGAUGAGCUCACGCAGGAGCACUGGUACACGUCAUACAUUGAUCUCCUGCAGCGUUUCAAGCUGUGGAACGUCUCCAACGAGGUGAUCAAGCUCAGCACCAGCAGCGCCAUCAACUGCCUCAACCAGACCUCCACCACCCUCCACAUCAACUGCAGCAACUGCAAGAGACCCAUGAGCAACAAGGGCUGGAUCUGCGACAGGUGUCACCAGUGUGCCAGUAUCUGUGCCGUGUGUCACCAUGUGGUGAAGGGGCUCUUUGUCUGGUGCCAGGGCUGCAGCCAUGGGGGGCACCUGGAGCACAUCAUGAACUGGCUAAAGAGCAGCUCACACUGCCCGGCCGGCUGCGGGCACCUGUGUGAAUACACCUGAGAGACUGCUGGGGCACCGUUCACACUGCACUCAACCCAAGGGCAUUUGGAAACUCUAGCAGAAAGGAGAGGUCUUUUCACACGAGGCUGAAAAAAAAUGAA